CGUCCUAAGGUUUCCCACACCGUUCCCGCUCAGGUAAGGCGGAUAUCCUUGCCCCAUCGCUCGACAUACUAAGCGGUCACUUGGCUAGUGAUCGGUAGCAUAUGACCGGACAGGUGGACCGCAACUGGCAAAAACGUUAACCAAAAACUGGAAAAGAGUGGGAAAACUCACGCGCGCGGAAAAUCGAGUGUAAGUGAGCUGUUCCGGUGUGGUUUAAAAAGAAAACAAGUAGUGACAGUGUGUUUAGUUCAAUUGCUUCUUUGGAAAAGGAAAUAAUUUCGACCGCUGGUGAAUUUGAAUCAGCUUGACAAAAGCACAGACAGCUACGAACAGCGAACGUAACCAAAAUGCAGCCCAUGGUGGAUAAGCUGAAAUUUCUCUACAAACCGUAUGUCCUGGCGGUGUUGACUAUCGGAUACAUUGCAGGAGAACUCGGUCACUAUCUGAUUGGAGUUACCUCGAAGGCGACCGCCAUCGAGCUGGACUAUGGUGACCAUGCCUGCCAGCAGAACCACACCGAGGUCCAUCGUCAUACGCUGCCGCAGCAGUGCGCGGACAUCGAUUUAGAGCAUGAAUGCCACCGGCAGCACCUUAAUGGAACGGUCUACUGCGAAUGGAACUACAACGGAUUGGGUCUGGAGUAUCAGCUGCUAGCCGGGCCCAGCUUUAUUGCCGUAUUCACCGUGAUGGGUGUCGUGCUAGGAUUCGCCGCCGACCGAUUCAACCGCGUUCGGCUGCUAACCGUUUGUACUGCGGUGUUUGCAGUGGCCAUCAUCUUUCAGGGCACGGUCAAAGGCUACUGGCAGUUGAUUUUGCUGCGUAUGGUUAUGGCUGCUGGUGAAGCCGGUUGCAAUCCGUUGGCAACGGGAAUCAUGUCGGAUAUUUUCCCCGAGAGUAAACGAGCGCUGGUGAUGGCUAUUUUUAACUGGGGCAUCUACGGUGGGUACGGUAUCGCUUUUCCGGUGGGACGUUAUAUCACGAAAUUGAAUCUGUGGGACCUGGGAUGGCGUGUAUGUUACUACGGAACAGGAGCACUAGCGGUUCUAAUGGCUAUCCUGACUGGAACAACGUUGAAGGAACCAGAACGAAAAAGUAUUGGCGAGGAAUCUAAGAGCAAUGCGAAGGUCCCGCUUGCCAAAGUAUUACUGCAGCCGCGCGUUGUUCUGUUGAUGAUUGCGGCCUCCAUUCGACACUGCGGUGGCAUGACAUUUGCCUACAAUGCCGACUUGUACUAUAACAUCUACUUCCCGGAUGUCGAUCUCGGCUGGUGGCUGUUUGCCGUUACUAUCGGAAUCGGCAGUGUGGGAGUGGUGAUUGGUGGCAUUGUUUCCGAUAAGUUCGUUGCCAAGAUGGGCAUCCGUUCUCGAGUGGCUUGCCUUGCUGUCAGCCAGCUGAUUGCCACGCCGUUCGCUUUCGGUUCCGUGUACUACGAACCGUUGUGGGCGAUGAUUACUCUGGGAAUCAGCUAUUUCUUCGCCGAGAUGUGGUUCGGCAUCGUGUUUGCCGUUCUGGUGGAGAUUGUUCCACUGCAGGUCCGUUCCACAACCAUCGGAGUGUUUCUGUUCGUAAUGAACAACAUCGGUGGUAAUCUGCCCAUCCUGGUGGAUCCGUUGGCGAAGGCAAUCGGCUAUCGAGGCUCGGUUAUGUUCUUCUAUGCCGGAUUCUAUGGAAUCAGCAGCUUGUUGUUCAUCUUGACAAUGUUCUUCAUGGAUGGCCCGAAACCGGAAGCGGUCGUGGGCGACGAAGGACGCAGUCAAGUUGAGAUGGGACACGAAAACAACACUUUCCAGCCGGACGAUUUCAUCAACGGCGUUGGUGGACCAAAGCUAAGCGUACAUGGUAUGGCCGGCAAGCGACCUGAUGAGAGCAGUAGACUGUAAAACUGGAUUUUGAAUGUGGAGUUAGGUUAGGCUAGAUUUUAUCCUAAAUAACAGAUCAUAGGCUAUAUUAACAGUAUGUAAAGUGAAACUCAUCAACAAUUGAAUCUAUUGAGCUGGAAUCUGAAUUGUUAGAUAUGUUUUAAAAAUAUGGGAGCUUUUUCUUCGUUUAAAAAGAAUCUCAUAUAGCAAUAAUAGUUUCGAAUCAAUAGCUGUUUGAUUUGUAAUUGUAUAUGUAUUGGAAUCGUACAACAUCUAAUUGCCAGACGUGACCGUUCACGUAGUCGCUUGUAUUUAUGUAUGUAAGCCAUAAAUUA